AUGUUGCCCAGACUUGGUUUUGCGAGGACUGCUAGGUCCAUGCACCGUUUUAAGGUUAGCCAGAUCUCUAAACCUUUUUUCCAUUCCACCGAAGUCGGUAAGCCCGGACCACCGCAGAAGCUAUCGAAAUCUUACACAGCAGUAUUCAAGAAAUGGUUUGUCAGAGGUUUAAAGCUCACUUUUUACACGACGUUGGCCGGCACGCUGUACGUGUCAUACGAGUUGUACAAGGAAUCGAACCCACCUAAGCAGAUCCCGCAAUCUACGGCUUUUGCUAAUGGUUUGAAAAAGAAAGAGUUGGUCAUUUUGGGUACAGGCUGGGGCGCCAUUUCUCUUUUGAAGAAACUGGACACGUCUUUGUACAACGUUACCGUGGUGUCACCAAGAAGUUUCUUUCUGUUCACGCCGCUGUUACCUUCUACGCCUGUGGGUACGAUAGAGAUGAAGUCUAUUGUCGAACCGGUUAGGUCUAUUGCUAGAAGAACUCCUGGAGAAGUUCACUACAUCGAGGCGGAAGCAUUGGACGUUGACCCCAAAGCGAAAAAAGUAAUGGUGCAAUCGGUGUCGGAGGACGAGUAUUUUGUUUCGAGCUUGAAUUACGAUUAUCUUGUCGUCAGUGUGGGCGCUAAAACCACUACUUUUAACAUUCCUGGGGUCUAUGGCAAUGCGAGCUUCUUGAAGGAGAUUGAAGAUGCUCAAAAUAUUCGUAUGAAGUUGAUGAAGACCAUAGAACAGGCGAGUUCGUUUCCUGUAAACGACCCGGAAAGGAAGCGAUUAUUAACGUUUGUGGUUGUUGGUGGCGGCCCCACGGGUGUAGAAUUUGCCGCAGAACUGCAAGAUUACAUCAAUCAAGAUUUGAGAAAGUGGAUGCCCGAUUUGAGUAAAGAAAUGAAAGUCAUCUUGAUUGAAGCCUUGCCUAAUAUCCUAAACAUGUUCGAUAAGACAUUGAUUAAGUAUGCCGAGGACCUUUUUGCCAGAGAUGAAAUUGACUUGCAAGUGAAUACUGCCGUGAAAGCCGUAGAACCAACUUACAUCCGUACUUUGCAAAACGGUCAAACAAGCACCGAUAUCCACUACGGGAUGCUAGUUUGGGCAACCGGGAAUGAACCAAUCGAAUUGUCAAAAACACUGAUGGGUAGAGUACCGGAGCAAACUAACAGGCGCGGUCUGUUAAUUAAUGAAAAAUUGGAGCUCCUGGGAGCUGAGGAUUCGAUAUAUGCGAUUGGUGAUUGUACCGCGCAUACAGGUUUCUUCCCCACGGCACAGGUCGCACACCAGGAAGGUGAAUACUUGGCCAAGAUCUUGGAUAAAAAAUUACAAAUAGAACAAUUAGAAUGGGACAUGCUGAAUAGUACCGAUGACAGUAAGGUAUCACGCUUACAAAAAGAAAUUAAUUUGAGGAGAUCUAAGCUAGAUAAGUUCAACUACAAACACAUGGGCGCCCUUGCGUACAUCGGCUCCGAAACCGCAAUUGCAGAUCUGCAUAUGGGCGACUCAUCAUACCAACUGAAAGGUAUGUUUGCCUUCUUGUUUUGGAAAUCUGCCUAUUUGGCCAUGUGUCUCUCCAUAAGAAAUAGGAUUUUAAUUGCCAUGGACUGGACCAAAGUUUACUUUCUUGGAAGGGAUUCUUCCGUGUAG